GGUUUUGAGAAAUCGGAAACGGAAUUGACCUGUUAGAUAAUGUAAAAAUAUUUUGGAUUGAAUAUUUGGUCAUAUUUCAGGACAUUUUAGUUUUCGAAAUGUUUUAGGAAUAUUUAGAGACGUCAAUAUAUUAUAGGAGGAUGUGUUGAUCUGCAGCUCUUUUAAAAUUUAGCUUUGUUAAAUUUUUCGUCAGCUAAACUCAAAACAAGUAAUUGCGUAAUUCUUUGGUAGUGUAUUUGUUUUGAAAAAUGAAGUUCUUUGUUAAAACCAGCUGAUUUCUGACUGGCCUUGAACCUUGCCCAAGGUUGUAAGUAAUGGGAGGCGCUGUAAGUGCAGGAGAAGACAAUGACAACCUCGUCGAUAAUCUUCUCCAAGCAGACUAUAUCAAAAGCCCUACGGUGGAAAGAGUUUUUAGAGCAGUUGAUAGAGCUCAUUACUUUGCACCCGGUUUUAAAGAAAAUGCUUAUAAAGACUUGGCUUGGAAACAUGGCAAUCUUCAUCUCUCUGCACCAUGUAUUUAUAGUGAAGUUAUGGAAAGUUUGCAGCUAGCACCUAGGUUGAGUUUCCUUAACUUAGGUUCUGGUACUGGUUACCUCAGUACAAUGGUUGGACUAAUCCUAGGUGCUCAAGGAAUAAAUCAUGGCAUUGAACUUCAUCAGGAUGUAAUAGACUACGCCAACGAAAGACUGGAGGAGUUCAAGAAAAGCUCUCAUGCCUUUGACGAGUAUGAGUUUUGUGAGCCAAAAUUUAUGAAAGGCAACUGCCUCUGCAUCAACACGGACGUCCAUCGGUACGACAGAGUGUACUGUGGGGCCUCGUGUCCGGAGAACCACGAGGGCUACAUGAAGAAUUUGAUCAAGGUGGGGGGAGUGUUGGUCAUGCCCUUGAAUGACCAGCUAAUGCAGAUCGUUCGCACUUCCGAGACCACCUGGGACACCAAGAUGGUACUGCCCGUCUCGUUUGCCUCUCUGUUGCUUCCUGAUGAGACAAUCAAAGAUAACAUAGAACUACCUGACCCGGAUCCUAUGCCUCUUCAAGAUGUGUGCAGAUUUUCAAUCCGCUCUGUUCUUCGUCAAAACAUAGAGCGAGAGCACCCACACCUCAAGACCCGACGCAGCCAGCCGAAGAAAAAGCUGAAGAAGAAGGCUACCUUUCGUCGCAUGGUGUUCCCAAUCAUCGAAGAUCCUGGCGAGAUGGUUUCCUUGUCCCAUUUCGAAGUGCGUAGUCGGCCGCACUCUCAAGUUAUCUACCGCACGUCUGCGGUGGUGGAGUUUGCGCGAUGCCUGCUGCCGGCCACGAUCAGCGAGUCGAGCGACAGCAGCGAAGACGGGGAAGCUGACCUCAGGGAGGCGAGCAGUGCUGCUCUGCCGACCGAGGGAGCGAACCUACCGAGCUCCGCCGACAGCGCAGCCGUGAUGGAGGUGAGGAAGAACCUCGCGAAGAGGGAGAAGUUCGACAGCGGGAUCGUGGACGACAUCGAGAACGGGAAAGGGUUGAGCUCGGACUCGGAUCGGGACGACGACGAGGUGGUGGACAUGGAGAUUGACGAUUCCGACUCGGACGUCGUGGACGAGUCGGACCGCGAAGAAGGCGGCUCGAGCAGCUCGUGCGAGUUCCUGCCGGAGAACAAACGGCCGCACGUGUCCGCUGACAAGAAGCUGGAGGGAAGUGAUUGCUCCAACGACGCGACCACCUCAUCCACGUCCAACGGUGACUCCAAUAAGGACUCGUACAGCUUCCACAUGCGUUGCAAAAUACAAUCCUUGCCACUUCCACCACCCCUCAAGAGCUACCUUAACUUUUAUCGUGAUUUCUGAGGGAGAGCUAGUUGCCUUUGAAUUUCAAAUACCUAUUACAUUAUUUGAACACGUACUGAAGUUAACCAGAAUUGGUGAGUGUGAAAUAUAAUUUUGUGUGUAUAUUAUUAUUUUGACAUGAUCUUUGUAAUGCUGUUAUUCUGCAGUGAGUACCUUGUGAAUAUCUUGUAUAUGUCUGUUGAGUUGGUUUAUUGUUUUUUUAUGUAACAUGUGGUUGUACAAAGCUUGUAGUGCUGUGCCUGAAAUAUAUUUUAACAUGUAAGCUUUUCAUGUAGAGAAUAUGGGCUUAUUGUAUAAAUGAUAGUGAUGUACUAUGGUCUGUUUGACGUAGAUAGUUUAUGUUGUAAAUUUAUGAUAGAGUUUUUGUCUUUUUUUUGAAAUUUAUUUUGAAAUUUAUUCUGAAACUUGUUACUUAAGUUUAUGUAUUUUAUUUUAUGUUGGAAUAGCCUAUGUUGUGGUGUAAAUUAUUUUAUUUAUAACUCUCAAAUUUGUAAUGUAUUGAAUAAACAUAAAAAUGCAUUAAAUUGCAGAAAAACUAUAAACCUAAAGUGUGAUGAAGUACCUAUUAUGUGCUUGGUAGCUUUUGUGGCACAAUUUCUAAGUCAGAAAUGUUUUGAAGUUCAAAAAAAUUUAAAACAAAACAAAUUCUCAACACUGAACCAUUAUGUAGAACUUUGAUAGUAUUGUGCUAUUUUAUUUGUAUUGUACAUGCACUGUCAUAUUUAACAUGGAAGGAUUCAGUGUUAUAUGUUAGCAAUUGUUUUCUUUUUACUUUUGAAUUAAUUUUCCUUUCCUUUUAGACAAAUGGAAUUUGUUUAUAGCUAUAGUUAACUUAUAAUAAAAAUUGAAUGAGUUAGUAGUAGCUUUACCAUCAUUUGUUUGCAUUUCCAAUAUAGUUCUAAUAAUUUUUGGACAUUUAAUGGUAAAGCAUGGUUCAAAAACAUUGUAAAUAGGCCUCCCUACUAGGUUUAUUUACCAUGUACAUAACACUAUACAGUUAGGAUAUUACAUUAUGUAAAAUAGAUAUUCUUUUAGCCAUUAUUUUUGUUAUUAUAUUUAAAUUGUUUGACACUAUAUUUCGUUUACUGGGUUACCAUUGUUUAUUAUUCUAUAAUGUUGGAUUAUUAAUGAAGUAUAUGUUCGUAAAUAUGACAUAAAGUCUUCAAUACGUAAAUUUUAUUUUAUCAGAGUGGUGUAUUUUUUUAAAUUGAGAUUUUUGCAGGGUAUUUUAAUUGUAAACUUUAGGCAAUAUGUUUUAAUGGAAUUAGGGUGUGCAUUUUCUUUUGUCCAGAACUUUCUGUAAUGAAGUGCUGUAUAUAAAAUAUAUUAAAAAAAAAUUUUUGUAAUACUGAUGUGAAGGUUGAAAAUAAAGUUACAUUUUUA